AGCUCUUGUGUUCUCAUCUUUCACCGCAUAUCCGGACAAAAGGAAGAGGGAGAGCUAUUCCGCUCGGCCACGGUAAGUCCUUCGCAUGUGAAGAUAUCUGUUCUCUGCACACGCACGUACAUACACACAGAGACACGCAACUCCUCUCAUCUUUUAACAAUAAUGUAUGAAGCGGCACUGCGUGACUCUUUUAGCUGUUUUUAAACUCCCAUCUUCUCGCUCGCAAGCGCUUUCGUCUCGUCUUUAUCGCGAUGUAGCUGAGCUCUGCGUCGUUGAAACCAAAGAGUGUUGUUUUUCAUCGGUUUAGUUCGUGUCCGGUGCUUCACGGAUGACGGAAGAACGAACACGACGGGAUCGCGACGAGGGUACGGAGGAGCCCUCACCACGGCGACGCACGCGGGUGGAGCAGAUGCACCCCGCCAUGCUGAAGCGCUUUGAGGAGCUCGCAGCUGAAGCAACAGGGGUGCCGUGUCUGACGGAUGACGUCCUUUUCCGGCGGUACCGUCGUGUGUUGAAGGUCGGCGAAGGCAGCUUUGGUGAAGUUUUUAUUCUCUACGAUACGGUGGCACACACCUAUCUCACCAUGAAGCGCAUGCAUCGACUGCUGAGUCGACGGCGCACUUCCUUAGGCAUCCACAACACCACCUUCCGCGAGGUGGAGCUGCUCUCCACGCUCAGCCACCCGAACGUUGUGCGGAUGAUCGACUACCACGUCCUCUCGGACGGGAGUCUGGUGCUUUUCAUGCCGGUCAUCGCGCAUGACCUUGCUUCGUUGAUACGUCGCUGGCCCGCUGACGUCUCGGUGCAGUCGUCUUCGUCCUCCGUCUCGCCGUCGGCCGCCGCCCACGCCGACCACACACGCAUGCCGCUGCACGUCGUGAAGUGUGUGUUUCGCCAGCUUCUCGCUGGCCUCAGCUAUUUACACCAGCACAAGAUCAUCCAUCGCGAUUUGAAGCCCAGCAACGUCAUGGUGGACCGCACGGGCAUCGUGAAGCUGAUCGACUUCGGUUGGUCACGGUUUUGUGCGGCGUCGGGGGCGAUGACCGGCCCGCCCUGCAUCACAACUUUUCGGCCGCCUGAAGUGCUGGUGGGUGUCCAUGACGACUACGAUUUUAGCAUUGAUUUGUGGUGCUGCGGCUGUAUUCUCUUUGAGAUGCUGACCGGCGGCGUGCCAUUUGGCCGCAGCCGCAGCGAGGCCGAUUGCCUGGCGAACAUCGUCGACUGGCUCGGCUCUCCUGCGCCGACCAGCACUGUGUACUACUACCGCCCGUGCACCGUACGCCUUGCACAGGGAAAGACAGAUACGUUCGCGCAGCGCUGCAGCAGCUACGGCAUUCGACCGGCAGAGACAAGUUUUCUGCGGCGGAUGCUAUGUCUGGAGCCGAGUGAGCGGGCAACCGCGGAUGCCCUUCUCACGGACCAGUGGUUCACCAGCGCACCCGUUACGUGUCUGCCGUGUGAAAUUCCUCUUCCGAAGCACAAUAAGUUUCGCCUUGUCGAGGUGAAAAGGCGCGAGUUGGAGGAGUGA